AUGAACAAUUUUAAAAAAGCGUCUGAUUUCAUUUAUUUUUGCAGCGCCUUUAAUAUUUACGCAUUGUUAAUGAAUAAGCGAUUAGAUAAUUUUUUUCGAGUGAAAAAUUUUCCAGAAUUACAAAAAAAUAUUCCAGCUUUUUGUGAAGGUAUUAGUACACAAAGGGAGAGCAACACAAUAAUAUAUGAUAAAAAAAAUAGUACAACUGAAAAACGAGUGGAAUGUGAGAUAAAUUGUAAGAAUACUUCAAAACAAAUAUUAAAAGAAGAAGAAAGAAUUAAUGUAUAUAAUGAGAGUCUUAUAAAGAAUAUAAGGGAUGAUAAUAUAAUAUAUAACCGAAAUAGUAGACAUGUCAAGAAAAAUGAAGGGUAUAACUAUCAUAACAGUACGGCAAAGAAAUCUAUUUCUUUUUUAAAUGGAAUAGUUUAUACUGAAAAGUACAAUGAAAAAGGAAUUCCGAAUGAUCAAGAUAAGGAUGAUGUUAAUUAUGUUAACCCAUUCAGUGACAAAAUUUGUAGUAAUGUAAUUAAUACUGAAGAAGAAACAUGUAAUGAUGGAAAUAAUGGGAAUGAAUUAAAAACUGAAUUAAAUAAAGAGUUAACGAAGGAUAUAAUAAAUUUAAUUGAAAAUAUACUGAAAAAGCAUAAGAUAGUUUUAUUUAUGAAAGGAACUGCUUUAAAUCCUUUUUGCAAAUAUAGCAGACAAGCAAUUCAUAUUUUAAAAUUAAAUAAAGUGAAAGAAAUUCACACUGUCAAUAUUUUGGAAAAUGAAAAAUUAAGAAAUGCUUUAAAAAUUUAUUCCAAGUGGCCUACAUUCCCUCAGUUAUAUGUGAAAGGUACAUUUAUAGGAGGAAUAGACCGAGUACAACUGUUACAUGAUAACAAUAAAUUAAAGGAAUUAAUAGAAAAUUUGUUAGUAGUUAACCACAUAUCAAAUGAAUGA